AUGGCGCGCGCAUCUCUGGGCUUCCGUGCUGGCGGCAUGAGCGACUACAACAGCGGGAACGCGAACGCAAAUGUCUUCUCCCAACCCAUGGCCAGCGGAUCCUUCGAUUCACUCGAUGCCCUUUCAGAAGCGCUGAAGUCCGUGUUAAAUGCUGCUGCGGAGAAUCAAACCCUCCAAUGUAGCACCGUUGAGCUCAGGUUGAGCUUGAAUGCAGUCAUUCUCUCGGAGCUGUAUGGAGUGCUGAUACUGUACCUACCAGCCGCUCGUGGUGACCAUGAUCUUCCUGCCGAGUUCAAGCGCGAACCUCCCCAUACCUCCACAUCUGAGCCCAGCACAGAAGAAGCCACUGGCACGCAACAUCCCAAAGCGCCAGUCAGUGCAAUCAUAAACAUAGUCGAUCCGCGAGGAAGUCAAAUCGUACAAAGAGCAGCGUCUCGUGGUAUUCAGCAGGUUGUUGAGGCCGUCGAUGGAUUCCGGUAUAGCUUCAACAACGCUUGGGCGGCCAAAGAUGGAGAGGGUUCGCGGUUUUCGUACAUUUGUCAAGACAGCAUGCAGAACAAAGAUCGGCAUGCAAAUGGAUACACAAGGGUAAUGAAGCAUCUGAAAGACCCGAACGGUGUAGAAAGAGGUCCUCGGAAGCCCACGUAUGAUUGCAAGGGAAGCAUCAGUGUCAAGUUCAGCACGACCCGUCAGAGCUGUGACGUGUACUACAGACAUUUGGCAAUUCAUGAGACUGUCGCAGCGAGAAAGGCCGCAGGUAGGUCUGCUUCUGGCGCUGCAGGGCGCACGACAACGAGUUGGACCAAAGUGCCUCAAGGCGCGGCAGCCACGAUGAAUGAUGUGCGACAAUCAGGAGGAAUCUCUGCGACCUUGCAAGCCGAGGAAUAUGCAUCUUCGGCUUUGGCCAUCGCGGACAAUUCGGUACCUGGCACCCCAGCUGCCUCCAACACGAGCAGACCUUUGAAGCGCAAGCGCACACCACCGCCUCCGCCGCCUGCACCGGUAAUCCGAAAUCCUCACAAGCCGCUUUCGCUUGCGGACCUUCUCAGACAGAGCGACACUGCCCAAACACCUGCUCCCUCAUUCGAAGUGGAGCCUCCCAAGUUCUCCAAUAAGCCCGCUCCUGUGGCUUACGAUCUGCCCUCAUGGCAGGCUCCACCGCCUUCGCUCGGUAAAGCCCCGAAAGACCUUCCAUACCCUUUGCCAUACCAGCCGAAAAGGACUCAAGCACCACUGACACCCACGUCAGUGAAUCCGGCAACGGCAUCGCAGCGAGCUUCCAUAAACGCCACAGGCCCGCAGCAGAAAGUGUAUCAGCAAUUUAAGCUUGGCACACCAUCUACGAAUGCGCAGCAAGCACACGGGCUCUUCACAACGAUGAAGCCAACGCCCAAUCCUCGCGCAGACUCUCUACCAUGGCCAGCAGAAUCUUACAAUACGCCACAGUACCCACCAGGUCCGACGCAAUUCGCCAAGUACGUUGCACCGCGAGCCAAGCAAAGCUGUACCAAUUGUCGAUUUGCUAAAAUGCGGUGCGAUGAAGGCCAGCCUUGCGGUUCGUGCGUGAAGAAGGGAAGAGGCAAUGAAUGUGCAUAUGAACAACCUCGUGUUGCUCCUCCUCCGCCGCCGCCGCCUCCCAACGCAGGAUUUCAAGGGGCGUCACAGUCCUGGACACAUCCUAGUGGCUCCACUUACUCUGUCUCUUCACAGAAUUUGCAGAACCACACGGAAGAUACUUCGCAAGCUUCUUCGAAUCAGACUUGGCAGACGGCUCAGAGCACGAGCACGAGCACGCCGCCAAUGCAGACUUGGGGUGCUCUUAGCAUGGCGCCUUCAACUCAGCAGGUUCGAGAGCAAAGCCCUGAUCCUUGGUAUCCGAAGCGAGAUGACGGUACAUUCACUGGCUGCCGCGUGAGAGCCGCGAAGAGUGUGAUACCUUCAUCAUGCUGA